AUGGCGUUACGACCAUCACUCAUUACACGAGGAAUUUCCACCUCAGGGCCAAGCGAUACUGGAUCGCCUGCUCGAGAUGAUGCCAAGAAGAAUAUGUUAAAGGCAAUGCGUCCAUUGCCUACACAACAUUAUUGGAAUAUAUACUUUGAUAGACAGCAGAAAGAUCAGAAGCCAGCCGCAGAUGGUACUUAUAGUGCUACUCUCGACAAACUUCCCACACAAAUCGAAUCGAUUCAGGACUUUUGGCGUUAUUGCAACAACACUCCGUUCGAUCAAAUUAAAAUGAGAGAGUCGAUUUAUCUAUUCAAACAAGGAUUCCAGCCAAUAUGGGAAGAUAGAAGGAAUAUCAAUGGAGGUAGUUGGACAUUUAGGGUUCCAAAACAAAAUGGUCCGGACUUUUUCACUAGAGUUCAAUUGAUGGCUAUAGGAGAGAAGCUUCAAGGCUGCUUGGAACUAGGCGAUCAACUUUGUGGCGUUGGUCUCUCUGUUCGUUUCAACUCUCAUCUCAUCUCAAUCUGGCAUCGUGACGCCUCGAAGCAAAAAUCUAUCGAUGCGUUACUCGCUACGGUCUUGGAGGAACUCCCUGAAGAACUGAAACCCAAGCCCGACAACUUCUUCUAUAAGAAACACUCAGACCACGCUGGAUUCAAGGCUCCACCUCCGGAAAGUACAUCCGAGUCCGCACAGACUGAGGUCACCCCGCCUAAAAUUCAGACGGAGGUUCCGGCAGUCUAA